GCGGAGGUGUUUGGACCUGUGGCUGUGCCAGAACACGGAGAGCUGGAAAGUCUGAUUCCACCUUGCAACUUUUCUUGGCCCCGGUCCGCUCGCCUUGGGCCCGGUUGUCCUGAAAGAACAAACCUCUCUAUUCAGCUCAGAAGAACCAGAAGUGGAGGAUAGCGACGAUGUAAAAAGUGCAGCUGCUUCCUUGUUCGACUGCGAGCUGAACUAUCUCAACAUCCUCACAAAGAAACUUCGCCUGCUAGGCAGCUAGCCGGAGGAAAACUAUGACCAUCGCGGAAGACGAGGUCUACAGUCGCUAGUACUCACUCAACUUUGAAGCUAAGUGUCUGUGCAACUUGUAUUUGGCUGCGAGGGUCGCAUGGCUUGGCUUGGAUAGUGAGUUUGAGAAGGUUUAGUGGAGUUCUCAUCCCAGAGAAGCCUAGCCAGCCGCCGGGGCGCCCCCGGAUCUCCAUCAGGCUGAACAUCCAGAUCGCCAACCUUGUUCCUGGAAUAUGUCGGGACACACUCGGGGGCCUGCGCCGGGACUACAGCCCCUCAAAGCGACUGUCCCAUACCAACUGUCCAGCAAACCUCGUCCACACAGGCGGGAUGGGAAAUCAGCAUCCAAGGUUAAAGCACAGCAGCUGAGCCCAGGCAUGAGACGAACAAUGUCUCUUGAUGCCAUCAUCGGUCCGUAUCUGCAGGGACACUGGCCCAAAGAAUCAGAAGGACAGGGUAGCGCCUUUCGUAAGGACAAAGCAACACAGACGCCGCACUCAUGGUCGGACAAAAUGCAGGACAGUGGCAGUCAUAAACGGUCAGCAUCAUGGGAAAGCACGGAACAGCUCCAGGAGAUUGCCAAACUGAAACAACAGCUGCAGCAGCGCAGCAAACCAGCAGUCUCAGGGGCUCACGAUAAGGACUGCGAGCGAGGAUUUCCUCCAGGGAGCCGUAGCCUUGGGACCACACAGACUCCUCCAAUCCCCAUCCCUGUCAUGCCCUUAUCUUCUUUGGUCCCUCCACUUGGCUGCAGCAUGGAGGCACUCAACCAGGAGCUUGAGGGGGUCUUCAUCAGCCAGUCCACUCAACAGCAACACCAGCUUCUCGAAGUGCCAGAUGGUCGUAGGGCUCCUGUCCCGUUGCAGAGCUGCAGCAGUGGGUCACAGAGCGACCCUGCCUCAAACACGUCCCUGUCCUCAUCUUCAGCCUCCUCAUCUCCCAGUGCUUCCCCCACUAAUAACACGGUUCCCCAUCCCAAGUCUGGCAUUGCACUUUUGGACUUGCCCCAAGACGGUGCAGCGAUGGACCUCCUGUCUCCCAACCCGUCCCAGAGUGAUUCUGACCUGUCUGUGCGUCUGUUAAUCUCUUCCUCCCCUGGGCUAAACAAAAGCUUCUGCUUCCAAAGAGAACCUCCAGAGGGCUGUGAAAAAGUCAAAGUCUGUGAGGAGACCAGAACUGCACAUAAACCAAAGCUGGUUCACAUAUCCUCCUGCCCGGAUCCCAAAAAGGUGAACUUCACACCUUACGGGGGCUCAGCCUUCUGCCCAGUCAACCUGCCCCCCAUGGAUCUGUUGCUGUGCAACUUUAAUACCUCAACGGAGAACUGCUCCAGUCAUGGAUCCUCCCCCUGCCGAGCUACCUCCACCAGCAACCCAGCUUCCCCUCCAGAUCCCCGUGCUGCUGCUUCUGUGGAAACCAAAUCGGGGACCGGCUUCACCUGCUGAUCUGUCACAGAUUUAUUUAACAUUUCAGUGGUGUGACACAGGUUGGAACAAUUCUAUUGGGAAAUUUUGUACUUUUGUUUUGCUGUGAGUAAACCAAAGUAUGUGCUGAAUAAGCUGUUUUAGGUUUCAUGCAUUGUGACAUUCAACGAACAAAUGUGUUCUAUCACUUUCCAAAGAGCUGACUUGGUUGGAAUGGUGACUCUUUCUUACGCCAGCAACAAAGGUUUUGUUGAUUGAGAUGCCCUUCACUUUGCCGUUUCCUUCUUGUACCCAAAGAGGACAGUGCAAAUUGUUGAAUGAUGUUUUUUAAAAAGUACUGUGUCAUCUAGUUGUUAGAUGUGGGACACGUCACCUGCACAUUAGCACAAUCCCUCUCUUAUCCGGUGAAACUGUUUUUAAGUGGCAAACAUUUUAGCAGUACACUUCACCCACACAUUUUUUUUUUUAUACCUGCACCACUGGUGUCGUACGAAGCAUGACAAAUCAACAGGGCUCCUUUUGUUUAGUAUAAUUUACACCAUUGGAUGUUUUUGCUGUCAUUUUAUUGACUGAAGGGAACUUGGUGCUGAAAUCUGCUCGCAUUGAUACCUGGCUGUCUCAACAUUCCUACUUUGCCUUGUUCACUGAAACAUGCACAGGUUGAUGGAUAAGCUUAGUCUCUCUUCUAGUGGAGUGCUUGAUUGUGUAUUUAUAGUUUUCUGUUUUACUUCUUAGUUGACUACCUAAACCAGUUCUAGUGGUGUAGAAUUGUCACACUUUAUGUUAAGCUGUUCUGAUCCCUCUGACAAACUGAUGUUCGAGUAGUUGUUGGUAGGCAAUGUUGCACAAUUGAAUGUCCACACUCAUGUCACCCCUUUUUUUUAUACUAUUUUAUACUGCAAAUUUAAUAGUAGAUCAUGUAUUUUCUGUCUUUUUUUUCUAUGACAUGCAAAUAAGCUCAAGAAAAUAAAAAAAAAUCCUGUUACUCUUAGUUUUUCAAACUAAGACUCAUGUAUCAAGUGGAUUUUAUGCACUUCGCUGAGGUAUUGAUGUAGAAAUGGGUAACCCGGGGCUGUUUUACUGAGUUUCUUUUAUAUGUGCAUAUGGUCGACUGACUUUGGUGGUGACAUGGAAAUAUCUGAAAAGAUUUCAGUUUUCUUGCUUGAUGAAUUUGUAUGGAUGCCCGAGAGGUGCCCGUAU